GCAAGAAAUGGACUACGAAAACGAUAAAGUGCUGAAAUUCAUCUUUCCCGAUGAUUACGAAGACCUUUCCUCGCAAGACACAUCGGACGUGAUAGAUUAUCUCCUCCGGCUCGGCACCUACAAGGCGGAGGAGCUGAAAAAGGAAAAGGUACGCCUGCAGGACGAACAUCGGCAGAAUGUGGAGCAAACACAGGAUCUGGCCAUAUCGCACUAUCACACCUUCAUCCGGACGGCGGAAAGUUCGCGCGAAAUCUAUCGCGAGUUUGUUGACACGGAACGGAAGCUCGACUGUUUGAGCGACAAGUGGCCCAAGUUUAUUGCCGCGUGUCAAACGUUUCAGCACGGUUCGGCCGAUAUAAAUGCGGCCCGGCGGCUCAACUCGCUGACGCUGAUGCGCAAUGCGGAGCUGCUGGAGAUACUGGAGUUGCCGCAGCUGAUGGAUAGCUGUAUACGUGAGGGCAAGUACGAGGAAGCGCUUGAACUGUCGUCAUACGUGCAGCGGCUGAUGGCAAAGCAUGGAAGCAUUCCGAUUAUAGCGAGUAUAAAUGAAGCAGUUGAAGCAGCGUGGCACACAAUGUUGAUGCAGCUAUUGGCCCAGUUGCGAACCGAUUUACAGCUGCCCAAGUGCCUUCAGGUGGUUGGGUAUCUGCGCCGAAUGCAAGCCUUUUCUGGCAUUGAGUUAAAGCUGAAGUUCCUGCAAACACGCACCAGCUGGUUGAAGGAUUUGCUUGCGAACAUUCCGACCGACGAUGCGCACACACAUCUGACGAAAACGAUCGAAGCAACACGGGUACAUUUGUUCAACAUCAUCACACAGUAUCGAGCAAUCUUCCCGGAUGAUGAGGAAAGCUUUAAUCCGCUCGGCGUUGCCAUUGGCAACGAACGAAUGGCAACCGAUGAGGGAAAGAUUUUUCACACCUGGCUGCACGAUCAGAUCCUGGAGUUUGUACGUUCGCUCGAGCGUGAUCUUGCCUCGAACGAUAUCACCUCGUACGAUACGAUUCUUGGCCAGUGUAUGUACUUUGGGCUUUCGUUCAGUCGAGUUGGGAUCGAUUUUCGCGCGCUCGUUGCACCGGUCUUUGUGCGUGUAAUUGGAUCUCGGUUCCGUGUUUCGAUGGCACGUGCGACGGCACUGUUCGAGCAGGACAUCGAAAGGUACACGCUAAUUAACAAGGUGCCCAGCAUGAUCCGACGGCAGCGUGAUGAUCGUUCGGCGCGGCCAGAUGAUUCCGGAUCGAUUCAACCACCGGAAACGUUGCUCGAUUUUCAACCGUUGGCGAUCUACUGCAAUGAAAUAUUGACGAUCUUCAAUGAUCUACGCCUCUGCUCCCCGGUUGCACUAGCGACGAUGGUAACGGAGCUGUUGGAAGGUUCACUCGAACAGGUUUGUCGCGGAAUUUUAGGUUUUUACCGCCAAGAGCAGCAAGCAUUCGCACCGACCGAGCGGGAAUGCUUUAUUCGUCUCUGUUCCUGCUUUGCGUACGAUCUCCUUCCGUACCUACAGCGUUGCAUUCACGUGCUGUUUCCGCCGGCCACGCUCGCCAGUCAGCUGGGGAUUAAUGUGCUGGCGUUGCAGAAGCACGGCGUAACGUACCUUCGGCAGAAGAAGAUACUGGAACCGAUCGCUUAUCUGCUUCCGGAUCGGAUCGAUACAGUGGUCAAGCAGGUGGCGGAUAUGAGCGUUGAUGCAGCGUCGCCGAUCAACGUAAAAGAUACGACGGAUGGAAAGGAAAGUGUCCCAGGUGGGGAUGGAUCGGUGGAAGUGGCCACAGUAGAAUGA